AUGAAGGCUACUUUUCAAGGAACGUCGGACAAUAGUUGCAUCGGAGAAAAAGAUCCUGGGACAGACAGGAAUUGCAAUAUCGACACGUCCAAAGUUAUGAAUGAUGAACUCAGCGGAAAUUCACGUCGAAAUAAGUCUGAGGAUCUAGUGAGGGACAACGCCGAGAAAGAAUGGGGUGAGGAGGGCCGAUGGAAUGUUCUUGAUUUCGUCGAUGCUAAAGAACUUGCCCAUGUCGGUUCUAUUCAGACGAAUAUGGACCUACAUGAAUCUCGUCUGUACGAGGUUCGCUUGCUGAGAUUUAUCAAUCCUAAUGAAGUUUACGUUGUUCCAUACAUGAAAACCAGAAAGUUGCUCGAAGAUAGACUCAGACGGUGGGUAGAUGAUGAAUCUAAGAAUUGUACGUCCCUACGCCCCACAUCAAUCAAUAACAUUUAUCUAGGACUUCCAGUGUUAGUGGUUGCACACAACCAUUGCCGGCGUGCGCUGGUUCAAGAAGUAAAUGUAGAUAGAGAAUCCGUCACCACUUGGUUCGUAGAUCAUGGGAAGAGACAAACGGAUGUGAAGCUGUCGUCCUUGUUCUUCAUGCCUCGAGCUUUUGCGAACAUUCCAGCCCAAGCCGUCGAAUGUUCUUUGGGUGCUCAACACAACGAUGGUUGCGUUACUUCGCUGAACAUGCUUGUUGAAAUGAGGAGCAUCGCGAAACACUUUGCUGAUUCAUGGAUGCAGGUGUUUAAGAGUGAAUCAAGGAACGGUGAGAAGAAAUUAGUGGACUUUUAUCUGCGUGAACGAGGUUACGACCCAUCAUCCUCUCUGCGAGUCCGUCUUCUAGUAGCAGGUCUCGCAUCAUUCCCCGACAUGACUCAGGAUGACGUCGACGCGCUGUCUGAGUUAAGCCCAUUAGGGAGUCCUGUGGCUGUCGAAAAAAAGAACAACUCAAUUGAAUUAAUGAAUACUGAACAGGAAGAAGAUAAUUCAGGAGAAAAUGAGGAUAUCGAUUGGACCCAUCAGUCGUUUAAACCUGUAUGUUCACCAAGGAAGAAUAGGAAGGAAUUAACCGUGUGGGAAACAAGUGUUGGCAAUGUCAUCAAGAGAAACCCUACUCGUGGUCGGUUUGCUCUUCCACCCACCACGUUUCAAUUGAUUCUUCACGAAAAUGAGGAUAUUAAUUGGUUCUCAAUAGACAGAAAUACAUCAGGUCUGGAAAAACCUUUAAUAAAUAACACAACCGUUCAUCUGCUUCUCAUGAGGACAUGGGAAACCAAUAUCAAGAAUUUUUUCUAUAGUCGCCUACUAGUUUUCGUUAUGCGUAGCCUCUUCAGCUUCAUUAUUCUAUCCUUACUGUUGUCGUUAUGCUCAGCGAAAGGUCUUGAAUGUGCCGUAUGCCAGCAGUUCGUCGAAGGUAUCGACAAGAAGGAGAUAGAGGAAGAUCAAAAUUUGAAAAAGAAAGCUGAGAAGGACUGUCAUCAAAUCCUUGACAUGCCAGUAAUCGAUGACUACUGCAAAAGGCUUGUCGACAAAGAAUUCGACAAAAUUACUCAAAUGAUCCUGAACGAUGAAAAGCCAGGCGUAAUAUGUAAGGAAAUUGAUAUGUGUUGA